AUGGCCGAUGAAGAGGCGCCGCAGUUCACUACGCUCGCUGAGCGCAUUGCUGCUCUCAACCAGCAGAAGAACUUCCAGGCUCCCCCAUCAACUGCUGGCAAACGACCCCCACCUCCGCCACCCCCGGUCCGGUCUUUGACCGAAAACGUUACUAGGACGACAUCCGAGACUGUUUCGGCCGAGAAGAGCCCUUCAAUCCCGCCCCGGCCCGUUCGGGCUGCCACCGAGAAGCUGCCGCCACCUCUUCCACGGCGGACCACCGGGCAGGAGAAUGGUGAUCAGCCGCAACCUCCGUCGGGCCGUCCUGGACCCCCUCCGCUGCCGACGCGGAACUCACAGCUUGCGACCCCACCAAAUCUGCCCACGCGCCGCCCUUCUACGCAGACGCUUUCUGUCAGGAGGAACUCAAACGCUUCGGAUAUAUCUCAGCUAUCUACCGUAUCGAGUCUGUCGCUAAGCCAAACCAAUGGGGGGGCCGAGACACAAACACGAAGAAGGCUACCCCCGCCGCUCGAACAAGCCAACCUUCCGCCGCUGCCCCCCAAGGCAAAGGCGAAAGAAGCUGUGAAUGGGAAUAGCACACCCUCGCUACCGCCCAGGCGCAUUGCCGACCCGCCCCCGCCUUCUCAGCCUCCUCGCCUACCCUCGAGGCCGGCCAACUCGCCAGCCAUCGUUCUUCCCGAGCAGGCAUCGCCCGCGCUUCCAGCCCGGCGCAUGGCCCCUCUACCGUCUAGUUUCCGGCCCAAGUCAGCGCUUGAAAGCGGUUUCGGUUCUGGCGCGCGCAAGCCGUCACCUCCCCCAGUACCACCCCCGAUUCCGCUCAGUUCCCGGCCAACUGUCGCCCAAAUUGACGCGGUAGCAAGCCGAACAGCCCCAGCAACAACGGCCCCUCCCAAUGCGUCACCUCAAUCUUGCCUCAUUUGCCGCGACUUCUCUGGCCCGGACACGCUGGCUGCGCAGCACCCCACCUCUUCCAUCCCGCGCGGCGCCGGUGCCGCCGACCCCAUCGACCACCUGGCGUACACACUCUGCGCGCCCUUCUCUUCACCGACGGACAAGGCGCGAGCCAUCUUUGCGUGGAUGCACCACAACAUUGUCUACGACGUGCAUGGGUUCUUCAACAACUGCAUCCCGCGCGGGCUAACCCCAACCGAGACCAUCUUUUCGGGCAAGGCCGUCUGCGAAGGGUACGCGCGCGUGUACGAGGCGAUCGCCGUGCGGGCUGGCCUGGGGUGCGUGGUGGUGACGGGUCACGGUAAGGGUUUCGGGUUCAGCCCCGUCAAGGCCGGACAACCGCCGCCACCGCGCAAGCCCACAGGCCACGCGUGGAACGCCGUGCGCAUCGACGGCGGCGCCUGGAAACUGAUCGAUCCGUGCUGGGGCGCUGGCGCGCUCUGCAACGGCGAGUACUCGCAGCGCUUCGCCGCCGAGUGCUUCACCAUGAGCAACGAGAAAUUCGGCACCCGCCACUUCCCCGCCGACGAGAGGCAUUGGUACCGCGAGGACGGCCGCGCGCUGUCGUGGGAGGAGUACAUCAUGGGCCCCAUCGGCGACGAGCCGGCCGAGUGGAUGGGCGACGCGACGCGGGAAGGGCUCGACGAGAGCAACUUUGCACCGAUGCAGCGGCGCAUCAACGUGAGCAGCGGCGGGACGGUGCGGUUCCAGUUUGCCAAGUUGUGCGAGCACUGGCCGGCCGGAGAGAUCGGCAGGGGUAAACAGUGCUGUCGGGUUAAAGCUCAACGGCAAGGAUGGGGCGAAGGAUCAUAUCGUCCCGCUGGAGAACGACGGGUUCUGGCACUACCUGGACGUGGACGCGCGAGACCUCGGCGCGCCGGGGCAGAAGCUUUUGCUGGUUGCGUUUGA